GGGAAACCUCUCUCUUACCGUCGUCUCGGACGACGAACUCAAAUGCCAUCCAAUAAUCUUACCCUCAAACAACGGUUGGCGGCCCUUUCAAUAGCUCCCUCAGCGCCAAGCGCUCCACAUGGCUCCCAGCCGCCGCCAUAUGCCGAUUUCGACACUACCGUUCCUAUAUCCCCCUCAAGUCCGGGUCUUAGAAGUCCUCGACGAAAGGGAUUCACAAUCAAUGGCUUUACACCUCCCUGGACGAAGAGAUCCUUAGGAAGCAGCGACAACAUUAAUCACACUGCCAAUGCAGAGAUUCAAGGAAGAGAAUUAGUGCAACAGACGAUGGCCAAGUUGAUUUUCCAGGCUGGUGUGGAUUAUGAAACACGUCCAAUGGUUGUAAUCAAUGCCUCUGCACUGCCUGAUCCUCGAGAAAUGAACUAUGAUGUGUUGCUCUCACGGAUUCUCUCAUAUCUCGAUCUUUAUGUCGAAUCAGACUACACUGUCGUCUUUCUCGCUGCCGGAGGAAAGCAUUCGCCAGGCUGGAAUUGGGUCUGGAAAGCUUAUCGAAGUUUGAGCCGGAAGUAUCGUAAGAAUUUGAAACGACUGUAUAUCGUUCAUUCAACAUUCUUCACAAAGAUGCUUUUCUCUCUCGCUGGUGCUAUCAUCAGUCCCAAAUUCUUUCGCAAGAUCACCUACCUUGAUACCCUAUCCGAACUUGCAUAUCAUGUCCCACUCACUCAGAUUGACAUUCCUCCCGCGGUCUACCAUGAAAAUUCUAAAUACGAGAAGAAGAUUACCCUUCCCAUCCCCACACCCUCCAGCACAUUUGGCGUCCCACUCGAAGACCUCAUGGGUUACCACGGCGAAAAAGGCGGGAUCCCCCGUCCAGUCAAGGACGCCAUUCAAUUCCUACGGGACACAGGCUUAGAGGAAGAGGGUCUAUUCAGACGCUCAGCUUCGUCGUCCAUGCUUCGCUCUGCCCAAGAAGCUUACGAUAGAGGAAAUGUUGUCUCGCUAGAAACAUUUGGGGACCCUCAUCUCGCUGCGGUGUUGCUGAAGAAGUAUUUGAGGGAUCUGCCGACGCCGAUAUUUCCGGAGGCUCUCUAUCCUGUUAUCAGACGAUGUCCGAUGCCCACGAGCGAUCCGGGGGAUAUGACGAGUGUGAUGUACAUUAGGGAUGUGUUGUUGUCAGAAAUACCACCAUGCACGUAUAUUCUCUUAAGCCACGUCCUUCACUUGAUGCACGAUAUUUCCCUCCGGUCUGCUUCAAACCGAAUGGAUGCUCACAACCUUUCCGUGGUCCUCUGUCCUAACCUCGUUUCCGGUUCUAGUCCUAUUCGGGACGUUCAAAUGUGUGCUGUACCCGGAGGACCUGCCCUCUUCGAGCAACAGGAACAACAACAACAACAACCCUCUUCUCUACCUUCAUCAUCAUCUAUCCCAUCUCUAUCCAUAUCCAACAAAGCUACUGCUUCGGCUGAAGGUAAAACCACGCUUGGUGCCAUCAUCAAACUUUGUAUUCAGCGGUACUACGAGGUUUUUGACGAGGUCGUGGAUCCUAGUGAGGCCAUCGUAGCACAUCCGAUGUCUGAGGCAGACUACGCUGCUGGAUAUGGAGGCGGAGAUAGAUACGAACUCCGGGAUAGCACGCCUGAACGAAGUAGGGACGCAUCCGCGGAACCUAGCGACGAUGAGUUGCAACAACAUCAGCAGCGUGCAUGGAAAGGAACCGCAGGUUUCCAAGGUUUCCCUCAACCUGGAUCCGUCAUCGGAAACGGGUUCCAUGAUCGCUCAGAUUUUGUGUCACAAUUGAGAAUUGACAAUCACAAACGGAACAGCAGUGGUUUCCAUACGAAUCCCGACGACGAUGAAGAUAUUGAUGACGCGAUGUUAGUCAUGCCUAUUGGGCCCAACCACGGACGACAUACCGAUCCCAAUGGUGGCGGUCCAUCGACAUCGUCCUCAUCAUCAUCUAUGUCGCCUCAACCCCAUCCUCAACAUCGGAAUACACUUUCCAACGGCUCCAGACGCUCAAAGCCCACACGAUCUGUACACACUGACUACGGCGUUCCACCAUCUUCAUUCUCAUCCUCCUCCCUCGCCCAGUCCGCAUCAUACGCGACAUACAGCAGGGGCAAAGCACGUUCAACCAUCAGCAUCGAGAAAGGCUCAGGGUCGACCAUUGGUCCUGGUAAAAAAGGCUCUAUCAGUAUCGGACGCGGAACCAAUCGGAAGAGUACUGGUUCUGGGGUGGCAGCGAUCGGGGUCACGGCGGAAGGGUUUUUUGCGCCUCCUUCAAGAGUGGAGGUGCCGCCUGUACCGCCGCUUCCUGGGAGGGGUAUCGGUAAUGGACGUGCCAUCCCCGGCGAGGAAGGAGAAACAAGAUCAUAAGAAGGUGCAAUCACCCACACGGUGCAGUUUGUGUCUCCAAUCACGAUUCCUCUAGACGCCGUAUUCAACAUCUGGCAUCCUGGAAUCCGGAAUCCUCCUUCAUAUAUAUUGCUGUCUCAUUUUUCAAUUGAUUUAUUAUCUGCUGUGUAGAUUCUUGCUUUCGUCGGCUCUCGUCUUUUUGGAUUUUCCUCUUCGUGUCGUUGCAUCGUAUCAUACUGUAACUUCAAACAGUUUUAAUUUAGUUCACUACUGGUAUAGUGUAUAAUGUCAAUUGGACUAGGGUCUGAUUCGAAAUACGACUCGGAUUCAAGCUCAGAGAGUUUGUUCCUCAACUAUCA